CAGCCCGCGUUGAGAUUGAGAGUCUUUGUUUGUGUACCUUCUGUCCAUGCUUUGGAAUAAAGCGGCAUGGUCAAGGGGACUUUCUGUUUGACAUGAUAACUGAUGAGACUAGCUGAUUAAUUGCCCUUCCUGCCAUACUGUGCGGGCAGCAGACUGGGGUUGCCUGUUGCCUCGAGACGAGAAUUAGUACCAAGUACUUGUAUCAUCAGAAGACAGAGGUACAGAGGUACAGGAGAAAAUGAGCCGGCACACGUCAGCGCUGGUGUCUCUGUUGUUAUUCGCCGCUCUGUCUGGGGUUGAGGCCGGCAAGAAGGCGUUUAAUAUCAAUGAUGACAUCCUCGCGUAUCCCCAGUACCAAGUGACUUUCCCCGAUGAGUAUGUUCUUGAAUCAGAAGCGCACGAGCUCUUGCACUCGCAGAGCCACGGCCAAGUCAACCAGCAGAAUUCCCAAAUAGUGUUGCAAGAUGGUACGAACGCGGCGACGGGUGCCGAGAAACUAGGGGACGGCGAGUACCUUUAUGAGGAGAUGGUUCUGGACCAUCGACUAUACCUCUGCAAAAUACCCAUCGUUGAUAACGAGGAUAAGAACGGGUCGGCGAAUACGGGGGGAUCGGGCGAGGCCGACGCACAGAACGAGGUGGCUCGAGCGACCGAGCGUGGAUUGGAGCUGCUAAGCGAACUGGAAGGCAAAUGCAUGUACUACGUCUCUGGAUGGUGGUCCUACUCGUUCUGCUACAAGAACCAGAUCAAGCAGUUCCACGCGCUGCCGUCAGGGAGCGGCGUGCCCAGCUACCCGCCGAUGGAAGACCGGAACACGCAGUCGUUCAUUCUGGGCAGGUUCGCCGAGGGGGACGACGAUGACGAGAUCGACGGCGAUGCCGAGCCGAAAAAGGCGUCGACCGAUCUUGCCGAGCUGCAGACCAAGGGCGGCUCUCGGUACCUGGUGCAGCAUCUGGACCGGGGCACCAAAUGCGACCUGACGGGCAGGCCCCGGAAGGUCGAGGUGCAAUUCCACUGCAAUCCACAGUCGACCGACCGCAUCGGCUGGAUCAAGGAGUUGACGACCUGUUCGUAUCUGAUGGUGAUCUACACGCCUCGGCUGUGCAAUGACGUCGCCUUCCAGCCCCAGCAGCCGGACGAGGAGCACUCGAUCGAGUGUCGCGAGGUGCUCACCCCGGACGAGGUCUCCGAGUGGGAGGCGAUGCAGGAGUUCUUCGAGUCGCAGAACCUGGUCGAGGCGGCCAUCCCACAGUACCCGAUGGUGGGGGACAUUGAAGUAGGCGCCAAGAAGCUUGUGGGCACCGAAGGCCGCCAGAUCGAGAAGGGCCAGGUCGCCUCUGCCGGUGACGAAAAGGUCCAUGUCGUCGCCAAACGCGAGAACGGCAAGAUCCAGCGGCUGUCUAAGGAACAACUGAAGAAGUUCAACCUCGACCCGGAGAGGAUCGAGGAGCUGAAGAAGCAGCUGGAAGAGGUCGGCAAGGGUAAAGACUGGACCCUGGAAUUGGUUGAACUCAAUGGCGACCGUAGCCUCCGGGCCAUCGUCGACAACGAGGAGGACGUGGAUAGCAACUCCGACUCGACGGAGGAGACCAAGAAGACCGGGAAAACAGACAAGACCGACAAGACCGACAAGACCGAGCAGGAGGAUGUCGCGGCAGACCAGCACGAGCCACCAUCGCAAGAACAAGCCGACGAUCCGGAAGAAGACGAUGUGGAGGUCGAAUUGGUGUCUUGGGUCGUCCUGGCGUAAUUUACCCUCAACAUAGUGAUCAUUGCCAUUAUUAUUUUAUCAUGUCUUUUUCCAUAGUAAUCAUCACGAC